AUGGACUACGUGGACUUUGAGGAUGAUAGCCAUGGAUGGUGGUUUGAUAUGGACAUGGUGAUAAUCUACAUUUAUUCAGUCAACUGGCUUGUCCAGGAGUUCAAUACCCAGGUGGCUCUGUAUCGGGAGCUGGUAAUUUCUAUUGGGGAUGUCUCAGUCACCUGUCCAUCUCUGCAUGCGGAAAUGCACAAAACUCGAACCCGAGGGUGUGAGAUGGCCUAUCAGGCUCAUCAAAAACUAGCAGCAAUUUCUGGCCCAGAAGAUGGUGAAAUUCAUCCUGAAAUCUGUAGACUAUACAUCCAGUUGCAGUGUUGCUUAGAAAUGUACACAACAGAAAUGCUGAAGUCCAUAUGUCUGCUAGGAUCACUGCAGUUUCAUCGGAAAGGAAAAGAACCUUGUGCCCCACCCAAGAGCAUAGAUACUAAAGUGGAGGAGAGUUCCGAAGUACCUAUUUUAGAAGACACAUCGGCAUCACCAAAAGAUAUUCAACAGCAUCUAUGGCACGUUUCCACAGAUAUUGAAAACACUGAAAGAGAUAUGAGAGAAAUGAAAAACCUUUUAAGUAAACUCAGGGAGACUAUGCCUUUACCACUGAAAAAUCAAGAUGACAGCAGCCUCCUAAACUUGACUCCAUACCCAUUGGUAAGAAGACGGAAGCGAAGAUUCUUUGGACUGUGUUGUCUUGUCUCAAGUUAGAAGAUUAAAUACAGAAGUACCAAGAAAAUCAUAACUUUAAUUAAACCACUGUUAUUUGACCAUUGAAAAGAUGAACACUGCUACUCUUGAUUAUAAAGUACAUUUUCUACACUAGCCUAUUCCUUUUUCUCCUCUGCUCCAUCCCCCUUUUCAAAAUAAGAGUUUUAAUAGUUUAAAGUUACGGUGGUGAAAAACCAUUUGUGGACUAGAUCUAGCAUAACUGAGAAUGUUUUUAAAAGUUUUUAAAGUAUGAUUUGCAUGCUUACUUCCAAUGACUCAGAGAAAAGACACAUGAAUUAUGGUU